CCAUUACGAUGGCGUUCCGCAUUACCGCCCGACGUUCAGCAUUGGCUCAUCCCUCUGUCAGUGCCGCCACUAGGAGGUUCCAUUCGACGCCACGAGCGUUCGUCAAGGUCGGCCAGGAGAUUCCCGACCUGCCGGUUCUGGUUGAGAACUCACCAGCAAACAAAGUAAACCUGGCCGACGAGUUCCGGUCCAAGAACGGCAUCAUUAUUGGCGUGCCUGCCGCCUUCUCGGGUGUCUGUUCAUCCAGCCACAUCCCUUCGUACAUCAACCAUCCUAAGCUCCAGGAUGCCGGUUCCGUCUUUGUCGUUUCCGUCAACGACCCGUUUGUUAUGAAGGCUUGGGGAGAUCAACUGGAUCCCGCCCAGCAGACCGGUAUUCGUUUCUUGGGCGAUCCCUCUGCCGCUUUUACCAAAGCUUUGGACCUCGAUUUUGACGGGACCGCCAUCUUUGGCGGUGUCCGCGGCAAGCGCUAUGCACUUGUCGUUGAGGACGGCAAGGUCAAAUCUGCCCAUGUCGAACCCGAUAACACAGGCACUUCGGUCUCCAUGGCUGAUAAGGUGUUGGGUUGAGGGGAUGGCGACAUAUCCCCCUGAUGCCAGAACCGGCGGACCACAUGCGUUCUCAAAGUAGCGCAGCGGUAUUUUGAGAAGGCGUGAACGGCUUGCGCCCGAAGGUGUACAGAGUCAUGUUUAUGAAGUUCUUGGACCAGGCUGCUUACGUACCGCCCAUUGGCACCAGAUCCCUGGGUUGUUCCCCGUUCGGGCUGACGCCACGUGGUACAUAUUGUAGUGUCCAUACCUUAAUUAACAUGGAAUCUCUAAAGAAUUUAAAGAGGAACGGCGAGUGUGUGCUGCUAUGGCCUGCACUACUAAGGCAUUGCUGCCCGAUUCGGAAGAGGGUUUAUGCCACCUCGCCUUGCAAACCUGAAGACAUUCAGCGAGUCGACUAAAAGAGUUGAUUAGAAUACUGGGUGAUCCACAACAGAGAUGUCGCUGCAGUGAUAUCACGGUGAUCAAGACUGAAAAACGCAGCCAUCUCUGGAAACGCCGUUAGG